CAAUAUUAAUAAAUGGCCUUGGGGGGUCACGCAGGAAAGAUGCCAUGAUCGCCGUGGUCUCUUAAUUAGAACCUGCUAUUUUAGUAUCGUAAUCUACGAGUACCUGCAGUACCUGGUAACUUUAGUUCUCCCCGAGGGCCAAAUGGGAGGGGCCGCUACUGCCUCUGUAUGCCCGCUAUCCGAUAGUGAAAACUGAUGCAGAAGGGACUGCGAAUCAGAUCAUUCACAUGUCGUCCUUCCGUUUUCCUCCAUUGUGAAUUAACUUCCCUCUCUUGAAAGUCACUUCCUUCUUUUCUUUCAAGUCCGGUUUCUUUGCUAUCAAGUACUGUCUUCCUUCUCUACCAUCAGAUCAUUGAAUUGCUAGACCUAUCCUUUUCCUUCGGACUGCUUAUUUAUACUCAUCUACCUCGCCAAACCCGCUUAUUACCAAUCAAUUUUCAUGCCUUACUCUGCGAUUCCUGAAGGCUCCACUGGAUGGAGCGGGGAACUCUCUGACUCCUCCACUUCUGACUCCUCCACUUCUGCCUCCUCCAUCUCUAUCUACGACUACGACGAAUCCCCGGCAAACAAGUCCUGGGCCUCUGCCUUGCCGGUGGCACAGGGUUUGUACGACCCAGAGUACGAGAAGGACGCCUGCGGGGUCGGUUUCACCUGCCACAUCAAAGGUGCAGCCUCGCACAAGAUUGUUUCUGACGCCAAGCACCUUUUGUGCAACAUGACCCACCGUGGGGCCGUCGGCUCCGACACCCGUGAUGGUGAUGGGGCUGGGGUGAUGUCAUCCAUCCCACACAAGCUUUUGGCCCGCGAGUUUGCGUACUUCUGUCAGGUGGACUUGCCGCCAAUGGGGGAGUAUGCCGUGGGUAAUGUCUUCUUUAAGAACGACACAGCAGUAUUGGCCCAGUCGAAGCGGACGUUCGAGCUGAUCGCCGCUGGCUUGGGGUUGAAGGUCAUCGGCUGGAGAGAGGUCCCUCGCGAUUCCACCAUUUUGGGCCCAGCCGCCUUGUCCCGUGAGCCAGUAGUUCUCCAACCUGCGGUUGUCUUAACCUCCUCCUUCGAUGCCCUUUUGUUCGACAAACAGCUCUUCCUCUUGCGCAAGCAGGCCACCACCACCAUCGGGUUGCACAAUUGGUUCUACAUCUGCUCGCUCUCGCCGCGCAACAUCGUCUACAAAGGCCAGUUGCUGCCGUCGCAAGUCUACGCAUACUACCACGAUUUGACCAACUCGUCGUACGAAGCCCACUUUGCCUUGGUCCACUCGCGCUUCUCUACCAACACGUUUCCGUCGUGGGACAGAGCGCAGCCGUUGCGCUGGGCCGCCCAUAACGGUGAAAUCAACACCUUGCGAGGCAACAAGAACUGGAUGCGCGCACGUGAGGGAGUCAUGGCGUCCAAACUCUUUGGCACCGACUUGGACAAGCUCUACCCCAUCAUCGAGGACGGUGGUUCCGACUCCGCGGCCUUUGACAACGUCUUGGAGCUCUUGAUGCUCAACGGCGUGUUGACGCUUCCAGAAGCAGUGAUGGUGUUGAUUCCCGAGGCCUGGCAGAACAACCCCGACAUUGACCCGCAGAAGAAGGCGUUCUACGAGUGGGCUGCGUGCUUAAUGGAACCGUGGGACGGACCGGCUUUGUUCACCUUUGCAGACGGGCGCUACUGCGGAGCAAACUUGGACCGUAACGGCUUAAGACCGUGCCGCUUCUACGUCACAGACGAUGACAUGAUGGUCUGCGCAUCGGAGGUGGGGGUCAUUCCCUUGGAUGCGGCACGGAUUGUCCAAAAGGGAAGAUUACAGCCGGGAAGAAUGUUACUCGUGGACACCAAGGAGGGGAAGAUUGUCGAUGACCGUGAGUUGAAGCAAAUGGUGGCCCGGAAGUUCGACUUUAGGUCGUGGGUCUUGGCGAACUUAAUCACCAUGCCUGAGUUGCAACGCAAGUUAGAUGCUGCCAAAGUCUCCCAGAAGUCCAUCUCUAAGCCCUCUGCAAGUUCCGAUGGUGAAGCCUCUGAUGCUGGCACUUCAGAUACUUCCGCUUCCGAGGGUCUUACCGAUGAGACCUCCCUCUCCGGUACGGCUGCUUCAACUCCUGUGGGAUCCGACGAAGUCGCCAAACCCCGCAAGGAACUCGUUUCGACCUCUGUGCUUGUCCCAUACAGCUCCACUGGAUCUGAGGCCUCCGGUUUCACCGUCAACCCCAACCUCCUCGCUUUCGCCUACUCUCUCGAGCAACUCUCACUCCUCCUUGCCCCGAUGGCUGAAGGCAAAGAGGCGCUCGGGUCUAUGGGUAAUGACGGCCCCCUCGCCUGUCUCGCAGAACAACCCCGUUUACUCUACGACUAUUUCCGCCAACUCUUUGCCCAGGUUACCAACCCGCCAAUUGACCCGAUCCGCGAGGCCAUUGUCAUGUCCUUAGAAUGCUAUGUGGGUCCACAGGGAAAUCUCUUGGAAAUGAAGGCCGAGCAGUGCAACCGUCUUCUUCUCAAGUCCCCCGUUUUGACCAUCGCUGAGUUUGCGGCGCUCGAAAAUAUCAACCGAGUCUACCCUAAGUGGCUGGUGGCCAAGAUCGACAUCACCUUCGCCAAGAAUGAGGGCUUGAACGGGUACAUGGACGCCGUGGACCGAAUUUGUGAGGAAGCUUCGCAGGCGAUUAUGGACAACCAUCAAAUCAUCAUUCUCUCUGACCGCAACACGAGCCGCGACCGCGUCCCUGUAUCCGCCUUACUCGCUACUGGGACCGUCCACCACCAUUUGGUGCGCCACAAGCAACGCUCCAAGGUUGCUAUCGUUGUGGAAACCGCGGAAGCGCGCGAAGUCCACCACAUUUGUGUGCUUCUUGGUUACGGUGCGGACGCCAUCAACCCCUUCCUCGCGAUGGAGACGCUUCUCAGCAUGAACGGGAGUGGGCUUCUCCGUGCCAGCCUCCCAAACGAUGAGAUCAUUGCCAAUUACAUGCACGCGAUCGACGGGGGCAUCCUCAAGGUGAUGUCGAAGAUGGGGAUUUCCACUCUCGCAUCUUACAAGGGUGCCCAGAUCUUCGAGGCGCUCGGCGUAGACAACUCGGUGAUUGAUCGGUGUUUCGCGGGCACUGCCUCCCGUAUCAAGGGUAUCACCUUUGAGUACAUUGCCCAAGACGCGUUCUCGCUUCACGAAAUGGGCUUCCCCUCCGCUCCGUCAUCUGUCCCAAUGUCCUUGCCCGAAACCGGCGAGUACCACUGGCGCGAUGGUGGUGAUCCCCAUGUUAACGAUCCUACCGCAAUCGCCAACAUCCAGGACGCUGUCCGCAACAACAACCACCGGGCGUACGAGGCGUAUUCCAAGCGUGAGUACGAAGCCAUCAAGGGAUGCACCCUCCGCGGGUUGCUUGACUUUGACUACGACAGUUGCACCCCUGUUCCAAUCGACCAGGUGGAGCCAUGGACGGAGAUUGUUCGCCGUUUUGUCACGGGUGCUAUGUCGUAUGGCUCCAUUUCUAUGGAAUCCCAUUCCACCAUUGCGGUGGCGAUGAACCGUUUGGGAGGCAAGUCCAAUACUGGGGAAGGGGGUGAAGACCCUCAGAGGUCGUCUGUUAAUGCCAACGGUGACACCAUGCGCUCGGCCAUCAAGCAGAUUGCCUCUGGGCGGUUUGGUGUCACGUCCUACUAUCUUUCGGACGCGGAAGAGCUCCAGAUUAAGAUGGCUCAGGGAGCGAAACCAGGUGAAGGUGGUGAGCUUCCAGGCCACAAGGUCACCGCUGCCAUCGGUAAGACCCGUCACUCCACCCCGGGUGUGGGCCUUAUUUCGCCUCCUCCGCACCACGACAUCUACUCCAUCGAAGACUUGAAGCAGUUGAUCUACGACCUCAAGUGCGCCAACCCCCGCGCAAGAGUCUCGGUCAAGCUUGUGUCCGAGGUUGGAGUCGGUGUGGUGGCUUCGGGUGUUGCCAAAGCCAAGGCUGACCACAUCCUCGUCUCUGGCCACGACGGUGGAACCGGAGCAUCCAGAUGGACGGGGAUCAAGUACGCCGGUUUACCCUGGGAGCUUGGUCUCGCUGAAACCCACCAGACCCUUGUCUUGAACGACUUGAGAGGCCGUGUGGUGGUUCAGACGGAUGGGCAGUUAAGAACCGGGAGGGAUGUGGCGCUUGCGUGUUUGUUGGGGGCCGAAGAGUGGGGUUUUGCCACCACUCCAUUGAUCGCCAUGGGCUGUAUCAUGAUGAGAAAGUGCCACUUGAACACCUGUCCCGUUGGGAUUGCCACGCAGGAUCCGGAGCUCCGCAAGAAGUUUGUGGGGACCCCAGAGCAUGUCAUCAACUUCUUCUACUACAUUGCGAACGAGCUCCGCGGGAUCAUGGCCAAGCUCGGGUUCAGGACUAUCGAUGAGAUGGUGGGUAGAGCCGAGCUUUUGACUGUCAGAGACGAUUUGCGCACCACCAAGAAUGCCAAUCUUGAUUUGUCCCCAAUCUUGACACCUGCCCACACCAUCAGGCCCGGUGUGGCCACUCGUUGUGUGCGGAAGCAGGACCACCGUCUCCACGUCCGUUUGGACAACAAGCUCAUCGACGAACUGGAAGUGACCCUCGAGAAGGGUUUGCCGGUGAAGAUUGAAGCUGACAUUAUCAAUACUGACAGAGCCGUGGGUGCCACCUUAUCCUACCGUGUGUCGAAGAAGUUUGGAGAAGACGGCUUGCCAAAGGAUACCAUUCACGUGAACCUCACCGGGAACGCCGGGCAGUCCUUUGGGGCCUUUUUGGCCCCGGGGAUCACCCUUGAAUUAGAGGGUGACGCUAACGAUUACGUUGGGAAGGGUUUGUCUGGUGGGCGGAUCGUGGUGUACCCUCCAAAGUCCUCCCAGUUCAAGGCCGAGGAGAACAUUCUUGUCGGUAACACCUGUUUGUACGGUGCAACUUCUGGCUCCGCGUUCUUUAACGGUAUCGCUGCGGAACGGUUUGCUGUCCGUAACUCGGGUGCCACGGCGGUGGUGGAGGGCUGUGGUGACCAUGGGUGCGAGUACAUGACCGGAGGAAGGGUUGUUGUAUUGGGAACCACCGGGCGCAAUUUUGCCGCUGGGAUGUCUGGGGGUAUUGCCUACGUGUUGGACAUGGGCCAGACCUUUGCCAAGUGCGUGAAUCCCGAAAUGGUUGAGCUUUCGCAGGUUACAGACCCAGUGGAGGUGGCCUUUUUGAGAGGUUUGAUUGAAGACCAUCGUCACUACACCCAGUCUGAGAUCGCCACGCGUGUGUUGAGUGAUUACAACAGGUUCUUGCCUCGCUUUGUCAAAGUGUUACCAUGGGACUACAAAAAGGUGUUGGAAGAGGAGGCGGCCAAGAUGGAGAUCCACAAGCAGAGUGAGGUCACAAGCUUCCUCCGCGGGAUCAAAGAAGACCCAGAGACCGAUAUCACUAAUGGCGAGUGGAAAAACUCCAAGAAGCCUGUUACUGCCCACACGCACAAGGCGGAGCCAAAGUUGGUUGAUUUGGAAGACACCAUUCUUGACACUUCCUCCGCCACCAGAAACUCCACCAAAGUCAAAAAGCUUGACAAGGUCAAGGGAUUCAUGAAGUAUAAGAGACGGGCUGAAAAGUACAGACCGGUGACUUCUCGUACCAAGGAUUGGGCGGAAUUGUCGUCACGCCUCACCAAGGAAGAGUUGACCCACCAGACCGCCCGGUGUAUGGACUGCGGAGUUCCAUUCUGUACUUCCGACACCGGUUGCCCAAUCUCCAAUGUCAUUCCUCAAUGGAACGAGCUCGUGUUCCAGGACAGAUGGCAGGACGCCUUGAACCGGUUGCUCAUGACGAACAACUUCCCCGAAUUCACAGGGCGUAUUUGCCCUGCCCCUUGUGAAGGGGCUUGUGUUUUGGGCAUCAACGAAGACCCGGUGGGAAUCAAGUCGGUGGAAGCUGCCAUCAUCGACCACGGGUUUGACCAGGGCUGGAUUGUUCCGCGGCCACCGACAACCAGAUCGGGUAUGACUGUUGCGAUUGUUGGCUCUGGUCCUGCCGGGUUGGCCUGUGCUGACCAAUUAAACAGAGCUGGUCACCUGGUGACCGUAUACGAGAGAUCCGAUAGGGCCGGUGGGUUGUUGAUGUAUGGUAUCCCUAACAUGAAGCUUGACAAGAAGAUUGUCCAGAGAAGGGUGGACUUGUUGGCUGCUGAGGGUAUCAAUUUUGUCUGUGGCACCACUAUUGGCGAGGAUAUCACCACUGCGGAGUUGAAAUCCCAAAACGACGCUGUUGUUAUGGCAGUGGGUUCCACCAUCCCAAGAGACUUGAAGAUUCCUGGUAGAGGGCUCAACAACAUCAAGUUCGCGAUGGAACUCCUCCACAAGAACACCAAGGCCUUGCUUGACAACGAGCUUGAGGAGGUGAGAAAAAGCUUGGAGGGUAAGCAUGUGGUGGUUAUCGGUGGUGGUGAUACCGGUAACGAUUGCUUAGGGACCUCCACUCGCCACGGAGCCAAGUCGGUAACCAACUUUGAGUUAUUGCCUCACCCGUCGGCCAGAAGAGCCAAGGACAACCCAUGGCCACAGUGGCCUAGAGUGUUCCGCGUGGACUAUGGGCACGCUGAGGUUGCCGAGCACUACGGUAAGGACCCUAGAGAGUACUGCAUAUUGUCCAAGGAAUUCAUUGGUGAUGACAAUGGCAAUGUUACUGGAAUCAAGACGGUCAGGGUGGAAUGGAAGCGUACUGAUGCCGGGGCCUGGCAGAUGGCCGAGGUCCCAGGGUCUGAGAGUGUGUUCCCAGCUGAUGUAGUGCUUCUCUCCAUGGGUUUUGUUGGUCCAGACUCUCAGAAGUUGGACACUCCAAGUAGCAAAAGAGGGACUUUGGCCACCCUGGACCCUAACGGAUACAGGGUAGACGAGGGUAACGUGUUUGCCGCAGGUGAUUGUCGCAGAGGCCAGUCGUUGGUUGUCUGGGGGAUCCAGGAAGGGAGGCAAUGUGCCAGAGAAGUUGAUGAUUACUUGAUGGGUGGCACGAAGUUGCCAGGCAACGGGUCAAUUGUGCAACGUGACUACAAGUUGUUGGAGGAGUUGGCGAGCCAGGAGUAAUGGUAAGCUUGGGAUAAAGAUUGCAAGGUUUGUAUACGUAAAUUCUAAUAUU